AUGACUCCUAUGUUGGAUGUCUAUGACAUUCUUCCUUUCGAUAAUCCAGAUGGUGGCGUGUGGAAACAAGGAUUUGAUAUCACAUACAAUGAAAAUGAAUGGGACAGUGAACCACUUCAGGUUUUUGUCGUGCCUCACUCGCAUAAUGACCCAGGUUGGCUGAAGACUUUUGAUGAUUACUUCAGAGAUCAGACCCAGCAUAUCUUAAAUAAUAUGGUUAUAAAACUGCAAGAAGACAAGAGAAGGAAAUUUAUGUGGUCUGAGAUUUCUUACUUUUCAAAAUGGUGGGAUGGAAUAGAUAGCCAAAAAAAGGAUGCUGUUAAAAGGUUAAUAAAAGAUGGACAGUUUGAAAUAGUAACAGGAGGAUGGGUCAUGCCUGAUGAAGCCUCUCCUCAUUAUUUUGCUUUAAUUGACCAGCUGAUAGAAGGACAUCAAUGGCUAGAAAAGAACCUUGGAGUAAAACCAAAGUCUGGUUGGGCAAUUGAUCCUUUUGGGCAUUCACCAACAAUGGCCUACCUUCUGAAACGAACAGGAUUUUCCAAUAUGCUUAUACAGAGAGUUCAUUACUCGGUUAAAAAACAUUUUGCAACACAGAAGACACUAGAAUUUUUUUGGAGACAGAACUGGGAUUUGGGAUCCAGUACAGAUAUCCUUUGUCAUAUGAUGCCUUUCUAUAGCUAUGAUGUUCCUCAUACUUGCGGUCCAGAUCCAAAAAUCUGCUGCCAGUUUGAUUUCAAACGUCUUCCUGGAGGAAGAGUAAGCUGUCCAUGGAGAGUUCCACCAGAAGCCAUUCAUGCUGGAAAUGUUCAACACAGGGCGUGGAUAAUUUUAGACCAAUACAGAAAGAAGUCAAAGCUUUUCCGUACUAAAGUUCUGUUGGCUCCACUAGGGGAUGAUUUCCGCUAUGCUGAGAGCUCUGAAUGGGAUCAGCAGUACCAGAAUUAUCAGAAGCUGUUUGAUUACAUGAAUUCUCAUCCUGAGUGGCAUGUUAAGGCCCAGUUUGGAACUUUAUCAGAUUACUUUGAAGCUCUGCGCAAAGAAAGCAAUUUGGGUGAAAAGAGCAGCAAUUCAUUUUUCCCCGUUUUAAGUGGAGACUUCUUCACUUAUGCAGAUAGAGAUCAUCAUUACUGGAGUGGAUACUUUACAUCGCGACCCUUCUAUAAACGACUGGAUAGAGUCCUGGAAUCCUACUUACGGGCAGCUGAAAUCCUCUACUCCUUCGCUUUGGUACAGUCCAGUAAAUAUGAGAAGAUGAAUGUGUUUCCUUCAGUGGAUAACUAUAAAUUGCUGACAGAAGCUAGGAGGAACCUUGGACUCUUUCAGCAUCAUGAUGCUAUUACAGGAACAUCUAAAGAUUGGGUAGUUGUGGAUUAUGGCACCAGGCUUUUCCACUCAAUAAUGAACUUGAAGAAAGUGAUAAUUGAUUCUGCACAUAUUCUUAUCCUAAAGGAUAAAGGCGCUUAUAAUUAUGACACAUCAAGUCCAUUCCUGAAGAUGGAUGAUGUUCAGUCUUCCCAAGAUUCUUUGCCACACAAGACAGUUAUAAAGCUGACAUCGCAACCGAGGUAAAUAAUUUACAUAUUACUUACUGUCUGA